GCACCUUCCGUAGUGGGCUCACUCGCACUUCCGCUCAGCACACGCUAGUUAGUCUAAAUGGGGUGUCACAUCUAACAUCACUAAAUGUUUACAUGAAAACGAAACUUCGUUAAUCGUCUCAUUGCUGUGGAGACAACAGUUUACUUCACCACGUAACACGUCUCGUGUAAAAAUAGGCAUGUUUUCAUCUCUGUCUUAAUGUUUGACGUUAAUCAUGUCGAAAGCCGAGCGACAUAACAAACCAGCUCACGAGGAGAUGGCGGACUAUGCCUCUUCUCUUGCGGCACAGUCUGUCCUCCAGCCCAGCUGCGAACUACCUGAGGACACGCCGAAGGUUAGAGGCUAUGACUUCAACCAGGGCGUUGAUCUCCCGGCAGUACUGAAGUCCUACUUCAACACAGGCUUCCAGGCUACUAGUUUCGCCAUGGCCAUACAGGAAAUCAACCACAUGAUAGAGAAGCGUCUUGAGCCAGUGGAAGAACAUGAGGAAAGCAAGUUUAAAGAUUCUGGUGAAUCGUUCCACAACUCUGGCUGCACCAUCUUCCUGGGUUACACCUCCAACCUCAUCAGCUCUGGAGUCAGAGAGUCCAUCCGCUACCUGGCAGAGCACAAAAUGGUGGAUGUGAUUGUUACCACAGCCGGAGGCAUUGAGGAGGAUUUGAUCAAGUGUCUGGCUCACACAUACUUGGGAGAUUUCAGCUUGCCUGGCAAAGAGCUCCGUCUGAGGGGGAUCAACAGAAUAGGGAACUUGUUGGUGCCCAAUAAUAACUACUGUAAGUUUGAAGACUGGCUGAUGCCCAUUCUGGACCAGAUGUUGUUGGAGCAGAACACAGAGGGUACCCAUUGGACUCCCUCCAAAAUGAUCCAUCGACUUGGCAAGGAGAUCAAUAAUACUGACUCAGUCUGCUACUGGGCGUACAAGAAUAACAUUCCUGUGUUCAGUCCUGCUCUGACUGAUGGCUCUCUGGGCGACAUGAUCUACUUCCACACGUUCAAGAACCCUGGCUUGAUUUUGGACAUUGUGGAAGAUAUCCGGAGGUUGAACAGCCGCGUAGUGUUUGCCAAAAGGACGGGAAUAAUCAUCUUGGGAGGAGGGCUGGUCAAACAUCACAUAGCCAAUGCUAAUCUUAUGAGGAAUGGGGCUGACUAUGUAGUCUAUGUGAACACAGGUCAGGAGUUUGAUGGCUCUGACUCUGGGGCCAGACCUGAUGAGGCUGUAUCCUGGGGCAAGAUCAGAACAGAUGCCAGUCCUGUCAAGGUGUAUGCAGAUGCCUCUUUAGUUUUCCCUCUGAUAGUGGCAGAGACCUUCGCUCUCCACCAUGACAAACUGACCGCUGGCAAGAAAACAAAUUAAGUGGUUCUUCCUGAAAUGCUUGGUUAGAAACAGCAACCAACUUUGCUUCUCUGGUUUUCCCUUUGUCUGCUGAACAUGCAGGUUUUAUUGAAAAUGCAUGGCUGUAGCUCGUCAGCGCUGAGAGGCAGCAUUACUGCUGUGUUGUUAUCCUUACAGUGCUGACUGAAUACCUCAUUGAAGGGGGAAUGUUGGUGAGGGUCUCCUGUCUUAAUGCUUUCCAUGCCAAUAUUUACUUGUUUAAACAUGUACAGUUUUUUUCCUCUGGUUCAUUUGGUUGAAAUAUCGCAUGCAGCAUGCCAUAGCAUGUACCAAAGAGACUGUCUACAAUACAUCAGCUUUUGUUUGUGUUAGAGAAAUACAGAGGGGAAUAGUUAUACACUCACUCAUUUAGUAGUGUUUUCUUUUACCAAGAGUUCAAAUUUACUUGAGAUUAUUUGUAGCAUGAUACAUGCUCACAUCUUGUUUCUCAGUUUUUAUAUUAUCCAAACUUUUACCUCACUGAUGAAGGAUAAAAGAUGUCUGUAUAGCUUAAUAAAUCAUAUAGUAAUCAGUUCUUGUAUUUAAUGCGGUUUUACUGGGCUAUUACAAUUGCCUUUGUGCAGUAGUUUUGUGUGAAAAGGCCACGUGGGAUCCAUCAUUUCCACAUGACUGUUGGUGUUGUUUGGUGUAUAAAAGGUUAUAAAAAAAUGUUUGCAUACAGGGCACAUAUAUACUGAUGAAGCACAAUAUAAAGUUCCUCAGUUGCAGUUAAAAUACAGUGGGUACGG